GGCACGAGGUAGCCUGUGCAAACUAACUGACACGACAGUGGCGCUGAACUUCCACGUGGACCCGGUCAUUGACCAAAACACUCCGGUCUCCGUGACAGCCGGGGAGCGCGCCUGCCACCGCCGUUGCGCAGUGCAGACUGGGAGGCGCGAGCGAGCAAGGCGGUGCGGGGCAGAGGUGUUAUCCAGAUGUGAACCUUAAAACGCAAACCUGCCCGAUUUAAAGUUUUUUUUACUGUCCACACAUCAACUAUGCAGACAGGUGUGCUCAUGGAGUCUCACCUGGGCAGGUUGGUCCCAUGUGUCCUGUCCCUGUACCUGUUUAUACACUUGUGCCAGGCUGCACCAGGUCUACCCGGGACACAAAGGGAGGAAUCAGUCAAUGUCCACCCCGCUGCAGUAGCGCUAGCCAAUCCUUUCGGCACCAGAGAUGAUGACCACAGAUUGCUAAAAAGUUACAUCCAAUCCAGUCUGAAGGAGGGCCAAGGAGGACCAGAAAUUAGCACCUGGGAGCAAGAGGUGUUCUUCCUGUUUCGUCUUUAUGAUUACGAUCGCAGUGGGCUCCUGGAUGGCUUGGAGAUGAUGAAGCUAAUUUCAGAGUACAACUCCCAUCAUACCCCUGGAACACAGGCCAAUGAACCGGUGGUGUCUAUGGUAGAUUUCUUACUCCAGACUCAGGAUCUAAACCAGGACGGCCUAUUGGCCCCAUCCGAGCUGCUGUCUCCUUCAUUACCUCACACACAGGACUCCAGCAACAACAAUGCACCUCACCAGAAGCAGGAAGUGGCAGCAGAGGAGAAGCUGUCCAACCCAAGCACUCACGAGGGAAAGGCAGGCACAGCAGAGCACAGAGAGGAGAAUGAGAAGGUGCAGCCUGAUGAGGAAGAGCAAUCUCAACAGGAAGUAAAGACAGAAGAAGAGGAGCUCAUAAAUCAAGUAGACGAACAGCAUGGACAGCAAAUCCCAGAAGCCCCAGCAGCAGAACAGGAACAGGACCACAAAGUGCCUGUUCAUCAGGGGCAACCAGAGAUGUGAAUGUACAAACACACACACACACACACACACACACACACACACA